GCUAACAUUUAAUUUUAAUUUUUCUCGAACGUAAACAAAUAUUUGUCUGGCGUGACAUGACAAUCUAGGGGCUUUUAUUUGUUUAACUUAUUAUUCUGAAUUUUUUUAAAUUUAAUUAGUUAUUUUCUUCAAGCCACAUCCUGAAAAAUUAGUAAUAUGUUUACAAAUUAUAUGUUUAUAUAUAUUUAUAAAUGAUGUGAAACAUUUUCUUUUUACAUAACAAGAAAAGAUGCAUUCAAUAGCUUCUAAAAGAUAUAGUAUUUCUAGAAGAGAUUUAUCCAAGAUUUCAUCAGAUUCAGGAAUUUCUGAAGAUAUUAAAGAAUCUCUUGAGAAGGCACAAUGUUCUUCCAAAGUAAAACAUAUUGGAGCAAAAAAUAAUGUGGACAAGAUUCUUCAACUGUCUGCUAAUGUUAAGAAAAGGAACAAGAGAAAGUUGGAUGAUGAAGAGCCUGGAAGUAGUACUAAUUUCACAUCCCAAGAAUAUUUAGAUAAAAAGCUUAUUCUACAGCAACUUAGGGAAAAAGAAAAGCAGUUGAAGAUUGCUAUUGCUUAUGAAAAACUUAGGAAAGAACAACCUGUAUUUUUGGAUUCAGAAAUUCUUAAUCAGAAAAUUGCUGAUUAUGAAAGAUUACUACAAGAAGCAAGAAAUGAGUAUAAAAUGAAAAAUAUAAUGUGUGUUAAUUUACAGCUGACUAAUACCAUUCAAAAAAUUGUUGGUAAAACAAAAACAAACUCUAAACAAAAGGGUUUUUCUGCCUCUCAAAGAAAGCACAUUGAAGAUUUAUUGGCAAAGAAAAAAGAGUUGAACCGAAGGAUAGGAGUCAGGCGAAAAGAAAUUGCUGAAAUGGAUGAAGAUAUCUUGAAGCUGAAAAAAACUGUAUCAACUAACAAACAGAAAAAGAGCAAACGAAUGGAUGCUCAUGUUUUGAAUGAUACAAGUACAAAAGCAGCUGACUUAGAAGAAUUAGAAAGGUUGGAAGAAAAUAACGAGAAAGUUGCAGAUCGUGUUCAUCUUCUCUCAGGGAUUAUCCAGUCCUUGGUUCCUUACGCUGGAAGCAGGUGGCAGGAAGAUUCCGAUCUGUUGGACAUGAUGGAAGAGUGUGAAAAAGUGUCCAAGUGCCGCUUUGACGACUUAGCUGAAAUCAAUGCACUUUUGACAAGUGUGUGUUCAGUCAAUUUGUGAACUCAAAGCACCAAGAUGGAUUAUUCUGUAUAUGUAUAUAAGGGACACUCAUUUGAAAACCCUGGUUUUAAAACUGCACGUUUCUUAUGUGUGUUAUUACAUUUUAAGAAACUGGUUUGCAAUUUAUUUACUGCGGUCUUUCAGGAAAAUUUAAUUUAUUACUUUUAAUUACUUUUUUUUUUUUCAAUUUCAAGUUUAUGCUAAUCCAUUCUUAAUUUGAAUCAAUUAUUCCUUGUGAAGAAUGUAUACAUAAAUCAAAUGUAAAUUGUCAUGCCUUAGUAAAGAUUUGAUGUUCAGAUCAACAAUGUGAAAAGUAUUUUUUAUCCAAGGUAUAGAAUGUUAUAUCAUUGCAUUCUGUUUUUAUAUAAAAAAUUGAAUAUACAUUCAGGAGCAAUGAAAAUGUUAAUAAAAAUACUCUACAAUGUCAUUGCAUAACACCUUAUUUCAUUUUUCCGCGGGGCAUGUUAUGUGUUUCUAUUUUAAU